AUGGCUGCGGUGAUCAGUGAUUUCGUAUCAGACUCCUCACACUUUCACCACAAUCAUCAUACGAUGAUAGCCGGUCCUGGACAACAGCUCUCUCCAGCUGAAUCACAAUACCGUCAACCCUCUCGAUCACGAGCUGAACCUCCUCCAAGUCCGCGACCAGAGCCUACCAGCAUACCUGCAGAAACUCCUCCUCCCAGCACGUCUGCACGGGCAAUAUCUCAACAAGCUACCGAGGAGAGUGCAGAAAGAACGGGUUCCGUAAAGACAGAGCCGCCCUCACCGCCGUCGAGCUCCAGUCCGAACAUAUAUUCAUACACCACCCGACAACGGUUCACAAGCCAGGAGAACUUUCCCCAUUCUUCUGCGCCAUUUGAGCGAUCGCCCCCACCGUACAAUGUACCAUUAGAUCAGAGAACGAGAACGACCUCCUCGCCUUCCACCUCCUACCUGCCCUAUUCGAGAUCGGCCAGAUCUCUGGAUGAUGUUAAGAAGUAUGGCGGAAAUACAAUCAAAGUCCGAGACCUUGCACAUAUCCAAAGUUUUGCCACGGAGGAGUUCCUGUCGUACAGAGGGCACUCCGGGCGACGGCGGACCGCAGAUGAUCCAACUUUGAAGUACGAGAUUAGUGGGAUGCCUAUCACGGACAUCAUUGAGAUGGUAGCAGGGCUUCUUACAAAAAUCACCACAACAAACGACCGGCAACAUGACGACUUGCACCGCCCCAUACCGUCUGGGGACAAUGUUAACAUGACUCCGCUCUCCUCGAGUGUGCUCGCAUUUCAUGGGAAGAAUGUACCAAGCAUUACCAUUUUGAGUUAUUUGAGCCGCAUACACAAGUACUGUCCGACGACUUACGAGGUCUUUCUGAGUCUGCUAGUAUACUUUGACCGUAUGACGGAGCGGGUCAAUGCAACUCCCAUGCAGGCGUUAGGCAGAGAGCCCAUGGACCAGGAGAAUUCUCGACCGUCUUCAGGAUACUCAGUUGAAGGUUCAGAUUUAGCAGAUAGCCCGCCAUCUUCGAGAAGUGUACCGGAGAUUCAAGCAGAUCUGGAAAAGGCACAAUACACUCAGGCCCCGCCCGCAGAGAAUAGCCCUGAAUUUCCCCUAUCCCACUUCUUUGUGGUCGACAGCUUCAACAUCCACCGACUGGUCAUAGCAGGGGUAACAUGCGCAAGCAAGUUCUUCUCCGAUGUAUUUUACACCAACUCCCGCUACGCAAAAGUCGGCGGCCUCCCCUUAGCAGAGCUCAACCACCUCGAACUCCAAUUCCUCCUCCUCAACGACUUCCGGCUCUCCGUCCCCGUCGAAGAGCUCGAAGCAUACGGCACCAUGCUCGUCGAGUUCUACGCCCGAGAAGUCAUCUCUCAACGACAGGGCGCUAUGCCGGUUGAUAUGGCGUACCCGGAAGACGUGGAGAUGAUGGUACCGACUAGUCCUUGA